UGAUUACAGACCACAGGCACAUCACAUCAUGGAGGGGAAGCUUCUGGUUCGUGCUGUCGUGCUCCUGGUUCUAACUGCUGCAGGAAGCAACGCACAGAACACAUCAAAUGUUUGUGGCAUUGCACCGCUCAACACCAGGAUCGUAGGAGGUGUAAAUGCUUCAUCAGGGUCGUGGCCCUGGCAGGUCAGUCUACACAACAGCAACGGACAUUUCUGCGGAGGCUCCCUGAUCAACAGCCAGUGGGUCCUGAGUGCUGCUCACUGCUUCUACCCCAGCACCAGCACAUCAGGUUUAACCGUUUAUCUCGGACGUGACAACCAACAAUCCCCUAAUCCUAACGAGGUGUCCCGGUCGCUGUCUAAGAUCAUCAUAAAUCCAAACUAUGACCCUAACACAAACGACAGUGACGUCUCCUUGCUGCUUCUGUCCUCUCCUGUUAACGUCACCAACUUCACCAGACCGGUGUGUCUGGCGCAGCCUGGCAGUACGUACUCAAGCGGGACCACGUGCUGGGUCACCGGCUGGGGAGACUGUGAAUGCGACUCUCCUCUUCCAUUCCCUCAGAUGCUGCAGGAGGUCAGCGUUCCCCUUGUGUCCAACGAGCAGUGUAACGAUACUUACGGAAUAAUCACAAGCAACAUGAUCUGUGCCGGUCUGGCCGCGGGAGGGAAGGACUCCUGCCAGGGGGACUCUGGCGGCCCGUUGGUGACUAAAGUCAACUCUACGUGGGUCCAGAUCGGAAUAGUGAGUUUUGGAGAUGGCUGUGGUCUGCCCGGCAUCCCAGGAGUCUACGCCCGAGUGUCCCAGUACACCUCCUGGAUCAAUGGGAUAACAUCUGGAACCGCUCAUCUGGUUUCCCUCUCAGCUCCUCUGCUGCUGUCCUUCUUCCCUAUUCUCUUCUCUCUCUCUGUGCUUUCAUAGCAACGUCUAACGGUCGGUAUCACUGGCUCUGGAUCAGUCAUUGAUGUAAAAACUUGAUGUGUCUGCGGUUUAUUUUCUCUCUUAAUUGAUGAAUUGUUUUGUCUUUAAAAUGACAGAAAGUAGAGAAAGUCUAAUCUUUCAGAUUGUCGCAUCUUUUUCUUUCUUCUGCUACAUCUUGUUUCGGUUUUAAAUGUGUAUAUAAUGUUAUAACUUCUGUAUUACGGGAAGAUGUCUUGUUAUGUUUUCGGUUGGGGCUGCAACUGACGAUUAUUUUCAUUACCAAUCAACCUGCACAUUAUUUUCUUAAUCAAUACAUAAUUUUUUCUAUAAAAUGUUACCAAAAAAUAGACAAAUAUAUUAUUUCCCAUCGCCCAAAGAGAUGCAUUCAUUAGUUUAUUUAAAACUCAAAGAUAAUUACUUUAUGGUCACAUAAAUCUAAGAAAAGCAUCAAAUCUUCCUAUUAGAGAAGCUGGACCAGAGAAUAUUUGAAUGUUUUGCUGCUAAAAUGACGUAUCAAAAAUGUGAAAUUGUUUAAUAAUUGCAGAAAUAAUCUGCAGUGGAAACUUUACAUAUUUUUUUUAGGACGUUAAAUUAAAGACGUUAUUGUGAAGGUGAAACAUUUCUCUUGUUUUGACCUGAAGAAACUCAUUCAAUUUGAAUUGUUUAUGAUCACAAAUAUUAAUAUUUUGCACUGACGGUGAAUUGCAGUUAAGAUGAUGAAUGUAUUUUUUACUUUAUGCCGUGGCGGAGCCAGACGGAAACAUUCGGGGCUCAGCCCAAACCCUGCAGGGGUCCCCAUCUACAGCAGCUAUGUGCUCUAGUUUUCAACCCAUUUGAUAACAGAAUGCCUAAGAAUCUGUACAUCAUUUAGUAAAAACAUGAAACAUGCCGAGGAAAAGAAUCCUCCUGUAGAGAGGACAUCCUGUUUUAUAUCCAACGCUUCUCCAACUCUGAAACCAGAACAUAUGUUGAGGACUCCUGACACCUGAAGAGAUUCAAUUCAAUUCAAUUCAAUUUUAUUUAUAGUAUCAAAUCAUAACAUAAGUUAUCUCGAGACACUUUACAGAUAGAGUAGGUCUAGACCACACUCUAUAAUUUACAAAGCCCCAACAAUUCCAACAGAGCCAGAGAUGUUACUACAAGUUACAUAACAUACAUAGGUCGGGUAGGAACUUGGUAUAAACAGCAUUCCUAAUCUUAAAACGAAGGCGAUAUUUCCUGCAGUAACAACUUUUGCUCCAUUGAUUUGCGGGUCCAGUUAGAGAGACUUUACCACUACAUGGUACCAGCUCGACUCAGCUCGCCUUUAUUGGUUUUCCGUUCUGAUAAAAAGUCCCUGGUACCUGCCAAAAGGUACUUUAUUUAGUACCACCUCCGUCGAGGUUCCCAGCGAGCUGAGGCGAUACCAAAAGGUGACGUGAAAACCUGCAGACUCCUGAUUGGUCGGAGAGAAUCGUCACUAAUCACUGCGUCAUCAUUGCUUUCCGAUGCCCAUGAACGCCCGGAGAAUCUGCAAUGGAACAAGGAGGGGGCACCGUGGCCGAGCUGGUACUAGCAGUGGGUAAGCUCCGUUAGUUAAAGUAAGUUUAAAACCCUUCAACAUUCGCACCUCGCUCUGUCCCUGACUUUAUUACCUCUUUAAUCUGUUAUGGAUUAAUAACACUAACUAUUAAGGCCUGGAUGUUGUUGUUACACCAAUCACUUGUGGGUUACUUUUUAAGCAUGAAUUCUAUUUAUGAUUAUAAACACUUACGUGGGCUAAUGUGUGUAUCUGACUUGUGUUAAAUAAAAAUUAUUUUGUCUUAGUUAA